UUUUCUUUUUUUUUUUUAACAAGGCUAAGUCUAUUUGAAUAAUAGAUACACGCAUCAAGAAAACGGCGCAGUUGUUGAACAGUGAUCAGGGUUUGGAAAAAGCUGGGUUGACCAAGAAAUCCAGUCUGCAGGGUGUUCAUCCACCGUGUCAUGACUUUACUAUGUCGCAUCCAGGAUCAGAUAAUGCAUUGCUGGUCACACACAGCAGCAGGAUUCAUGAUCUGCUGAGAGUAGAGAUGAAGAAAGUACAGUUUGAAAAGGUGCAAACCUCUGAAGAAUGGCUAAGAAACUACAGUUUAGAAUCCUUGCAAUUAACAUUAGAGCAUCUGGUAGAUGAAGGCAAUAUUAUUUUAGUGAUUGAACUUUAUCAGCAGCGAAUUCAGUGGCUGUUGCAGGACAGCAGAAAGGUGUUUGGCCUUAUAAAAGGAACCAAAGUUGGACUUUUGGUUGAUGUGUCUCAUAUAAGCUGUAGACCUAGACUGCUGGAUUUUCAGAAAGAUCUUUUUUGCUUAAUAGAUGAGCAGCUAUGUUACAAGAAGCAACUGUACUGCCUCUCAUUCAGUGCAGAAAUGUCAGCUCUGUGGGAGAGUCCAAAAAUCAUCAAUGUUCAUGUGCUACAUGAAGCAAGACAGUGGAUAAAACAGCUGGAGCCUGGUCGAGGCUGCAAUUUACUGAAAGCCUUAAAACAUGUCUUUACGAUGAAAGAACUCAAUUCUCUUGUUCUUAUUGUAGGAAGCUGCCCUGAUCAGUCUUUGGAAAUUCUGUCUGACUAUGCUCAGCAGUGUAUGCUAGGAAGAAAACUACACCUUCAUGCUGUUACAUAUGAUUGCAGCAGUCCUUCUUCUCUUGCAGUUCUAAAGAACCUUGCAGAAGCUGUAAGAGGCCGUUAUCAUUGUUACUCUUCAAAGGGAGAGAGUUUUGAUAGCAGUGAUUUUCAGCUGCUACUUCAGGAAUCCCGGAAGGCCAAGGGUCUACUUGGGAGCAUCAAGCAGACUUUCCAAAGAAGAACUGGUGACUCGCUUGUUGGUAGAAUAGCAGAUGUUUCCACAGAAUUUGCAAGUACAACACCUUGUAACUUCUUCCCAAAGCCUCUAAAGCACGAAGGACCAUUAGUUAUUCAAACACCAUGCAUGCUGGCCAAAACCUCAAAAGAAUGGUUAAAGACAUAUGGAUUGAAAGCUAAAAAGUUAAACCUUUACCAAGUUCUGGCUCCUAAUGCUUUCUCUCCUGUGGAAGAAUUUGUACCCAUUCUUAGAAAAACAGUAUCAUCAACUCUACAUGAGAAAGCAAUGAUUCAGUUUGAAUGGUAUGAUGGAACUGUGAAAAAUAUCCAUGUUGACCUGCCAGUGUUGUACAACUAUCAGAAACUCCUUGUUAAAAUGGUAAGAAUCUAUGAGAAAAGAAUUGACUGGCUAUCUGUUGCUAGCAGAAGAAUAUGGGGAAGUGUUUGUGAAAGGAGGGUGGUUAUACUUGUUGAUGUAUCAGUGACAAGCUCUCUGUAUGUCAUCCAUAUCCAACAUUCUUUGCGACUUUUACUUGAAGAACAAAUGUCAAAUAAGGAUUGCUUCAAUAUUAUAGCAUUUGGGAGUGAUAUUGUGCCUUGGCAGCUGGAACUGGUUCCUUCCCAACCAGAAAACUUACAAAAGGCUUGGAGGUGGGUGUUAAGCCUGCAGUGCAAAGGGAGUAGAAAUCUCAUGAGUGCACUGAGGAGAGCUGUGGAAAUAGAUUUCAAAGACAAGGAUAAACACAAAUCACAAGGACUUUACCUGCUGACUACUGGAAUACCUGAUCAGGAAACACACACAGUCAGUGCUUAUGUGGCUGAGGUUUGCAGAGGUUUUGAUUUACAGCUUCAUGUCUGUCUGUUCAGUGUAAUGGAGGAGGUUGACUCUAAUGGGAUCAUUCCAGCCCGCUAUGCUAACCCAACUGAAACUGCAAUUGCUUUUAAAGAAAUAGUACAGAGAGCCAAUGGGAGAUUUCAUUGGUUUGGAGAAGCAGGCAUCUUUGAAAGUGAUGAUAUCACUAUUAUUGUGUCUGAAAUGGAAAAAGCAAGCAAGUACUCCCAAAAGUGUGCAUUCCUAGUGGAAUCCUUAAAGCAACGUUCAGUAAAUCAGUCUGUUAAUACAUUCAUACCAGAAGGAGACCCAAAUGUGCUUACAAAGAAAGAGAAAAGAAGGCCACAGAAGUUGCCAUCUCCUAAACCCACAGCCCUCAGUCUGGCUAGAAUGUAUAUUAAAGACAACCAUGAUGCAGAGAGAAAUGCUUCCAGAAGAGUACAGGCAUGGUGUCCUACUAGUGCCAAAGCAGAAAUUCCACCAGGUCCAGUAUACCAAAAGUAUCCAAAGGUAAUGUGCAUAGGAAAGUCUGUUCCCUCUGUUACAUUGCCAAACAAAGAGGAAAUCUGUUCAAGCAGAGAGUGGCUAUCCAAGUACAGUAUUAAAAAGCUUAAACUGGAAUUGCCCCAACUGCUGUUUGGUCCCGGCUGUACUCACCGUCAGAAAAUUGUGGCAUCGCUGCACAAGAAAGUGUCAGCAAAAUACUGCACAGUCUUCCCUAGUGUGGAAAUUGAUGGAGUUGUGAAACAUCUGCAGUUUCAACCUAAAGAACUGGAAAUCUACACUGAACAACUGGAGAAAGUGUUGCGGCGAUAUAUAGAAAGAAUACAGUGGCUUCUGUCAGGUACUAGAAGCCGAAGAUUGUUUGGUACCAUUUUAGAAGCAAAUGUCUGUAUUUUGAUUGAUACAUCUGGUUCCAUGGACCCAUAUUUGCCACAUAUCAUGAAAGAACUUACCUCCCUUAUCUGGGAACAGCUGAGAAAAAAUAAAGUCAGGUUUAACUUGCUGAGAUUUGCCGAAAAUACAGAGACUUGGAAGGAGUGUCUUGUAGAGGCAACUGACGAAACAUGUCACAGUGCUGUGCAGUGGGUGUCCACAUUCCACGCUGAUGGUAAUACAUGCACCCUUAUGGCUUUACAGAAGGGUCUCAGUUUCCAAGGUAUAGAGGCACUGUACGUAUUGACUGAUGGAAAACCAGACACCAGUUACAGUCUGAUUUUGACAGAAGUUGAAAGAUUGAGAAAGAAACAAGAUAUUAAAAUUCACACUAUUUCUUUUCACUGUGCAGACAGAGGAGCUAAUGAAUUUCUGAAGAAGCUUGCUUCCCAAACAGGAGGGCGCUACCACUGCAGUUUUGGAGAUGUGGAUGGACAAUUAGCAGCACACAGAAUGUUGGCAGAGGGGUUUGAUGAUGAAGAUGAUCCAGUUUUCCCGUACUUUGAAGGAGAUGAUUUAAAGAAGCUUACUCAAGAAGUAGCAAAAGCUAGAGGUUUCUUAAAGCAGGCAAAAUCUUUGAGGUUAUUACUUCAAAAAUGGUAUAUAAACCAAAAGGACAAUUCUGGCUUUUAAAAAAUGCUCAGGAUUAAAUUUUAGAUGAAGAAAAGAUGGAAGAAGUUUGGAGUGGUACCACUAGCCUGCUUCCUUUCAGAGUGUGCUUAAAGCUUACAGCUUCAAGGAGAAAGAGGGAAGAUGUAUUCUUUGUUGUCUCAGCUUCUGGAAGAAGUUACAGAUAAGUGCUGCUGACUUUGUAGGACUCAAAGUAAAUCAAGCCCUGAACACUAAAGGCUUAUGUUUAAACAUAUGUAAGAGGAUAUUUUUCAAUAUAACUAAUGCAAAUUUUAAAAGUGUAUGUGUAUUUUUAAUGUAAUUAGUAGUUAUGCAGGGUCACAGCUUUUGUUUCUCUUCUAUUCUGCUGCAUCAUACUAAUAAUUGCUUCAAUCAGUGGUAUGGCCAAGAUAACUUUUUUGGCAGUUGGUUUGAGACUCCUUUGCUGGUGCUCAUUAUCCCUAACAGAUGGGACAGGUGGCUGUGAUACUAGAAAGAGAAUUCUUUGUGCCAGUUUUGUGUCAGAAGUCUAAGAAAUAACCUUAGUGCAGAAAAAAGGCUUGGAUUGAACGUUUUUGCCAAAGAAGUUUGCUUAUACUUAUUUCACCACAUUGUUUCUUGUGUUGGCAGUAGAGAAAGCUUUAGAGUUGGUAGCUGAGAAAUCAUCAGACAUACAAAUAAGCAAUGUCUUGUUGCUGAUAAAGCCUGGUUAUAUUUGGUUGUAUAACCAGACACUGGCAGUCUUCUAAGCAAUUUUGUUAGGUUCUUAUAUGUUUCCUGUCCUAAAAAGAUUAAAAAUGUUUGCUAGUACCAUAUAAGAAAAUGAAGUUUAACCUAACUACAGUGAUAAAGCAUAUAUUUUUCUAGUUGAUUUAUAAAUAUGAAAUGCACUUUGCUUUUUUACUGAGAAACUCUGCAAUGACAGCUCAUUGCUAUUUUGUAGAUGUUUACUGUUGUCUUUUAGAGGGUUAAGAGUUCAUCUCAUUUGUUUAAUGUAUGUAAUAUUUAAUAAAAAUGGAUUCAGACUGCAAAAUUCAGACACUUGAUCUGAAUUUGUUUAGGAGCCAUUUGCAUGUCUGAGUGCCAGCUGAUGGGAAU